AUGACAUGUGACAAGGAGAAUGUUGUCAUACCAUGUGGCCUGGAUCACCGACUUCCCCAGGGGGUCCUUGCGGUCCAGCAUGACCCUGAGAGAGAGCGAGAGAGAGAGGUUGGUGAAAGGCUUGCUCCAAAUAGAGUUGUUUGAAAUUAGUUCUUCAUGGGUUGUUUUUAACUUACAGGGUUUCCAUUUGGCCCAGGAGGUCCUCUUGCUCCUGCCUCCCCCUAAAACACAGAUGACAUCAUUGCACUCACAAUCAUUAUUGGUAAAAAGUAUGGCCCCACGGAGUCAACAAAUGGUUGUUCCAAACAUACAUCAACAUCACUAAGAUAAAAACAUCUGAUACAUCACAAAAGUUAAAUUAUCCAAGCCAUAGCAAAGACCCAAGAUGGUACCACUGCACCCUUCUUACCCUAGAUCCUGGCACCAUGGCUGUUUGGCCGGCCGAUUUCUCAUCCCCAAAGCCUCCAGCCAUCUGAGCUCCCAGUCCCUGGAGAAACAGAACAGUGAUUUAGAGUAUUGGAUAUGCAAUCUGCAACUCAGAGAACACUCAGCAUCUCAAUGGGACAGCUAACGGCCAGGUAUGCUGUCCUAUCCCCAUACUAUGUUUCCCAAUAGGCCAAAUGAUGUCCAGAUAAUCAAUCUGCUAAUGUUUUAUGGUUAGGGUCAUUCAUGCCUCCACUUCGACCCCAUCUCUUGUGUGGGCCUUUAUCACCUACCCCCACAUCACUCCUCUACUUCACACCUGGUAUCACUGCUGCCUCAUUAGUCAGGUAACCUUUGUUCUCUCAUCGGCCAGGUAAUCCCCAGGACCAAUCAAUGGUUAGGGAAUUACCCCACCCCCUCAUCCUUCAUUGUCAAGAACUACAGAUUUUCCUGGAUAAAUUUGAUAUAGCCUUUUACAGUUUAGUCCUUUAGCUGACACCAUCUACUCUGAUCCAGAGAGACUUGUGAUAAGUGUAGAACCUGCUGUUGGACUUGCCACUGAAGCUGAUUAUACUACCUCUGGUAUUUGGUAUUUUAUUAGGAUCCCCAUUAGUUGUUGUGAAAGUAGCAGCUACUCUUCCAUAUCAAUACAAACACACAAACUAUCUAGGUCAAAUAGGGGAGAGGCGUUGUGCCGUGAGGUGUUGGUUUAUCCAUUUUUUUAAACCAGGUUUAAUGUUAAUUUGAGCAAUAUGAGAUGGAACUGAGUUCCAUGCAAUAAUGUCUCUAUAUAAUACUGUACGCUUUCUUGAAUUUGUUCUGGAUUUGGCAACUGUGAAAAGACCCCUGGUGGCAUGUCUGGUGGGGUAAGUGUGUGUGUCAGAGCUGUGUGUAAGUGACUAUGCAAACAAUAUGGGAUUUUCAACACAUUAAUGUUUCUUAUAAAAAGAAGAGGUGAUGCAGUCAGUCUCUCCUCAACUCAUAGCCAAUAGAGACUGGCAUGCAUAGUAUUUAUAUUAACCCUCUGAUUACAAUGAAGACCAAGACGUGCCGCUCUGUUCUGGGUCAGCUGCAGCUUAACUAGGUCUUUCCUUGCAGCAUUCGACCACACGACUGGACAAUAAUCAAGAUAAGACAAAACUAGAGCCUGCAGGACUUGCUUUUUGGAGUGUGGUGUCAAAAAACAGAGCAUCUCUUUAUGAAAGGCAUGUUUGGCUAUUUGCUGAGGCCAUUACAGAGAGGAGGAAACUGACUGUCUGAGUGACAUAUGGCUUCUGAAUCGUCCCUCCAAGAAGAUUAUUUAUCCUGUCCUGUGUGCUGUGACAUCUUCAGUGAUCCUGUGUUUCUGUGUUGCAUCCACAGCCCUGUAAAACCUGCCUGGAGGAAUUAUGGAAAUGUAAGGAUGACCAGGAAUGUCCAGUCUGCAUGAAGAUCUCCUCCAUGCCUUUCCCAGCAGUGAGCCUGACCCUGAAGAGGCUGUGUGAGGGGUUCCUACAGCACAGGAGCUACAUGGAUGCAGUCAGGUCCGAGAGGUUCUGUACUCUGCACAAAGAGAAACUCAAGCUUUUCUGUUUGGAGGAUCAACAGCCUGUCUGUUUGGUGUGUCGGGAUUCAAGAAUACAAGUUCUGUCCCAUAAAUGAAAUUGUCCAGGAUCACAAGGAGAGAGUAAAGGCUGAACUGGAGCCCUUGAAGAAGAAGCUGAGUCUCUUCUCUGAAGCUAAACUAGCCUGUGAUCAAACAGCAGAGUACAUAAAGACAUAGGUCGUUCAUACACACAUGCAGAUCAGGACAGACUUGAAAGAUUUUCUUACAAUUACAGUGGGGAAAAAAAGAAUUUAGUCAGCCACCAAUUGUGCAAGUUCUCCCACUUAAAAAGAUGAGAGAGGCCUGUAAUUUUCAUCAUAGGUACACAUCAACUACGACAGACAAAUUGAGAAUUUUUUUUCCAGAAAAUCACAUUGUAGGAUCUUUUAUGAAUUUAUUAGCAAAUUAUGAUGGAAAAUAAGUAUUUGGUCACCUACAAACAAGCAAGAUUUCUGGCUCUCACAGACCUGUAACUUCUUCUUUAAGAGGCUCCUCUGUCCUCCACUCGUUACCUGUAUUAAUGGCACCUGUUUGAACUUGUUAUCAGUAUAAAAGACACCUGUCCACAACCUCAAACAGUCACACUCCAAACUCCACUAUGGCCAAGACCAAAGAGCUGUCAAAGGACACCAGAAACAAAAUUGUAGACCUGCACCAGACUGGGAAGACAAUAGGUAAGCAGCUUGGUUUGAAGAAAUCAACUGUGGGAGCAAUUAUUAGGAAAUGGAAGACAUACAAGACCACUGAUAAUCUCCCUCGAUCUGGGGCUCCACGCAAGAUCUCACCCCGUGGGGUCAAAAUGAUCACAAGAACGGUGAGCAAAAAUCCCAGAACCACACGGGGGGACCUAGUGAAUGACCUGCAGAGAGCUGGGACCAAAGUAACAAAGCCUACCAUCAGUAACACACUACGCCGCCAGGGACUCAAAUCCUGCAGUGCCAGACGUGUCCCCCUGCUUAAGCCAGUACAUGUCCAGGCCCGUCUGAAGUUUGCUAGAGUGCAUUUGGAUGAUCCAGAAGAGGAUUGGGAGAAUGUCAUAUGGUCAGAUGAAACCAAAAUAGAACUUUUUGGUAAAAACUCAACUCGUUGUGUUUGGAGGACAAAGAAUGCUGAGUUGCAUCAAAAGAACACCAUACCUACUGUGAAGCAUGGGGGUGGAAACAUCAUGCUUUGGGGCUGUUUUUCUGCAAAGGGACCAGGAUGACUGAUCCGUGUAAAGGAAAGAAUGAAUGGGGCCAUGUAUCGUGAGAUUUUGAGUGAAAACCUCCUUCCAUCAGCAAGGGCAUUGAAGAUGAAACGUGGCUCGGUCUUUCAGCAUGACAAUGAUCCCAAACACACCGCCCGGGCAACGAAGGAGUGGCUUCGUAAGAAGCAUUUCAAGGUCCUGGAGUGGCCUAGCCAGUCUCCAGAUCUCAACCCCAUAGAAAAUCUUUGGAGGGAGUUGAAAGUCCGUGUUGCCCAGCGACAGCCCCAAAACAUCACUGCUCUAGAGGAGAUCUGCAUGGAGGAAUGGGCCAAAAUACCAGCAACAGUGUGUGAAAACCUUGUGAAGACUUACAGAUAACGUUUGACCUGUGUCAUUGCCAACAAAGGGUAUAUAACAAAGUAUUGAGAAACUUUUGUUAUUGACCAAAUACUUAUUUUCCACCAUAAUUUGCAAAUAAAUUCAUUAAAAAUCCUACAAUGUGAUUUUCAGGAUUUUUUUUUCUCAUUUUAUCUGUCAUAGUUGACGUGUACCUAUGAUGAGAAUUACAGGCCUCUCUCAUCUUUUUAAGUGGGAGAACUUGCACAAUUGGUGGCUGACUAAAUACUUUUCCCCCCCACUGUAUACUAGAAGAAGAGAAGGCCAGGAUACGUGCUCUGAGGGAGGAAGAGAAGGAGAAGAUUCGGAUGAUAAAGGAGAAGACCGAAGAGAUUAGCAAAAUAAUCUCAAGUCUUUCAGUUAAAAUCAGAGCCGUAGAAGAGUGUCUAAAAGGUGACCACAUCACCUUCCUGCAGAGAUACAAGGCCACUCUAUACAAGGCCAGAUCCCAGUCCCCACUCCCAGGUCCACAGCUGAACUCAGGAGCACUAAUAGACAUGGUCAAUCACCUGUGCAACCUGCAGUUCAGCGUCUGGGAGAAGUUGCAGGAGAUUGUGAAAUACUAUCCUGUGACCCUGGACCCCAACACUGCCAACCCAGAUCUGCUGAUGUAUCAUGACCUGGCAAGGUUUCGACUCAGAGACUCUCUCCCUUUCGAGGGAGACGAGAUGAUUUCUCCACCUGACAACCCAGAGAGGAUCAAUCUCUACAAAGGGGUUCUGGGUUCUGAGGGUUUCGACACACAGCUGGGAGGUGGAGGUUAA